GGCGGCGGGCGGACGGGCAGGCGCGGAACUCUGGAGCCCACGGCUCGGCUUUGUUUUCCUUGCCUUCUCGGUGGCGACGCUCAGGGAUCGUCUGAUCGGCGCCGGACACCGCGAUCGGAAGGGAAGGGGAGGACAAAAAAAGACCAAAUGGCCAAGCAACCUUCUGAUGUAAGUUCUGAGUGUGACAGAGAAGGUGGACAAUUGCAGCCUGCUGAGAGGCCUCCCCAGCUCAGGCCUGGGGCCCCUACCUCCCUACAGACAGAACCGCAAGGUAAUCCCGACGGCGAAGGGGACCGCUGCCCCCACGGCAGCCCUCAGGGCCCGCUGGCCCCAACGGCCAGCCCUGGCCCUUUUGCUACCAGAUCCCCACUUUUCAUCUUUGUGAGAAGAUCUUCUCUGCUGUCCCGGUCCUCCAGUGGGUAUUUCUCUUUUGACACAGACAGGAGUCCGGCACCCAUGAGUUGUGACAAGUCAACACAAACCCCAAGUCCUCCUUGCCAGGCCUUCAACCAUUAUCUCAGUGCAAUGGCUUCCAUAAGGCAGUCUCAGGAGGAACCUGCAGAUAUUCGCCCGGAGAUCUGGAUUGCACAGGAGCUUCGGCGGAUUGGAGACGAGUUCAACGAAUCUUACACAAGGAGGGUAAAUAACUACCCAGAGGCCGAAGAGCACCCUCACCACCCUCAAAUGGUUAUCUUACAACUGUUACGAUUCAUCCUCCGUCUAGUAUGGAGAAGGCAUUGACAGGAUCUUCCCGCCGCCAGGAUAAAAACAUGGACAUUGCUUUUGUUCAGACCGCCAGAACCCCAGCACUUUGGUCUCUCAGCGCCGCGACGGUGCAGCCGGUGGCUCUAUCCCAGAGAGGUGCUGCGGGUGGACGACACACUACCCUGUGUCGAUGUGAACGUCACCCGUCUGUGCAUCACCACAUGGCAGGAUUUCCAGUAGACGUUUGUGUGAAUGUAAACAGGGAGGGUUCUUCUUGUCAGUGUCCAGAGCCUGGGUCUUUGGAGGAGAGUCACGAUGCGGGGAAGGUGUUUACAUGUGGUGUGUUCCUUUGUUUUUCCACCUACUUUCUUUGAUACCCAUUUGGUUGGUUUUUUGUUCGUUUUUUGUUUGGGGGUUUUUCUGGUGUUUUGGGGGUUUUUUUGUUUUUUUUUUUCAGAAAAAAACAUGAAAACUUUUUAGCCAACUUGUGGAUGAUUUUUAUACUGAAAUUCUAAGGACCUGUUGCCUACUCUCAGAGGAUUCAGUAAACCUGCAGUAGGAACUGAGCCGGCCGCUUUAGAAGGCUGUCUUAGUUGAUUUUUGGAGAUUACUGUACAGAAUUUUUCAACGGGGAGAGUAUGGUGUUUUUCCCUCUCUCCCCUGCCAUGGCUUCUUUGAGUUUCUUUUUUAAUUAUCGCUACCAAAACAGUUCUUACGAAAUGGUAAGGAUGAAAGCGACCAAGGGUCAGUUUUGGUGUACCACUCCCUUUCUGUAAAUACCUCCUCAGCUCAGUUGCGUCUGUGGCAAAAUUUCACACUUUCUGUGUUUUUCCUCAUCUCCUCAUCCUCCUCAGUCUGUCUUCACACUGAUGCACAGGUUUGGCCCAGGGUGUUCUCAUGACACAAUGUGUUUGGGUCAGCAAGGGCUAGGGGCUGCCCGGACUGUUCCCAGCUCCAUCAAUCAAGCUGACUCAUGGGAAGGGCUCUUGUCACUUCACCUCUUUGGGGUGGGUUUGUUUGUCUCUUACAUCUUGAGAGAAUGCAGACCUGCAACACUUGCUGCAGCUGUUAGCUCUUUUGGUUGCAGGUUUUGCUGCAGUCAUAGGCUCUGCCUUGCAUAUACCAGGUGGGCAAGAGCCCACACUUGUGGGGAUUGGCCAGGUCCUUUGGGAGCAAGGGGCUCAGGUAAUCAUUUUCCAUGCGUUUUGGCACUUAGCCCGGCUCAUCCCGCCUGGCCCAUGACACCUAAACUUCAUCCCCGUUCCUUUGAACCUACCUUGAAAUAAAGACUGGCUCCGCUUCACCAGUUACUGUAUAUAGGAAACCUCCGUUACACCAAGUGAAACGUUCUUUUUGGUCUUCCAAAAGAUGACUGACUACUUUCUUCUACUUUUUCUUAACAGUUGGAUCUUGUUGGGCCACCUGUGUCCGGGGUGGGGGGUGCUCUCUCUUGGUACCUGCCCCUUAGGAUCAUGUGCCCCAGAAGGCCACACGUUGGUCAGCCAUUUCAGGAGCAGGCAGGACUGGAGGUGUACAGCCUGGGGAAGGAGCACUUCCCUAACACAUGUAGAGGCCCUGGCUUCCAUCCCCAGCACCUCCCAAAGCAAACAGCACAGAUGCAGGCAGAUAACCAGGGAAGACACAGAAAGGACAGAGGGAAGACCAUCGGAGGGGCGGGGGGACUGGGAGCCCUCUAACUUGUGAAAACAUCCGUCAUCAGGCAGCUUGCUUAGAGACGUGUGUGUGUUUCCAAGCAAGACAGCAGUGCCAACGACUGUGUUUGCUUUUUGCCCCGUAUAGGGCCAGUGUUUUUACGUUAUUAAGUAGAGAAAUCCAUUCUUCCCUACGUUCCUAAGUUUGUGUGUGUGUGUCUGUGUGUUUCUCUGUGUGUGUGUGUCUGUGUGUGUGUCUGUGUGUGUGUGUUGCCUAUAUGCUUUUCCUUCUAGAUUGGGAUCAUUUGAUUCCAAAUAGUCUUUCUUUUAAAACCAUUUCUUUCCCAGAUUCCUUAGGUUUUUAAGAGUUUGAAAGCUGUGUUGGCACUCCUGAUGUGUUGAGUCUAAUCGAGGGUUCCUAUAUAGCCCACUCUUAUAAGGUGGCAGUAAGAGUGCAACCAUGGUUCUUCUAGACACCCGCGCGUGCACACACACACACACGCAUGCACACACCAAAGACAUACUUGGUUCUAGGCUGCUCAUCUCCUAGGACUGCCAUGCGCAUGUGCCAGUCUCUCUGGCUGGAGCACUUUACUGUCUCAACCCCGUGACUCUGUGGUACCUCCUGGGCAGGUGCAGAAGGCUCCCAGAGCCAGGUGCCAGUGGCAUGUGUGGCCCUUCAAUGCUUACCUCUGUGUCCCGUUGGCCUCCAACCUGGGGCUGGCCAUCCAAGCAGUUCAUGGGGAAAUAACAGAUUCUAUGAAUUGUAGAAGUAUUCAAGAACAGGAUGCGGCACCCAGAACUUACACGUGACUGGAUGUCCCUGUACUGUAUCUGUUUAUUAAAAUGCAAGUAGGAAAGUGUGUCUGCCUGCUAUAGGUAGACCCUUGUACUUAAUUUUUAUUUUACUAUUAGUAUCUGUCAUUCUCACUUUUUAAAGUAGAACUAGAUCCCCCCUCCUCUGUCUCUCUGUGUCUGUCUGUCUGUCUGUCUUUCUCUGUGUGUGUGUGUGUGUGUGUGUGUGUGUGUGUGUGUGAAAACAUAAUGCGGGUUUGUGCCUUGACAGCCUCCCCAAGUGAGGUUUGUAAAAAGGUGAAGUCCUAUGACUUCACCCCAAGAUGCAAUAAAUACACAAAAUGACUUCCUGAGUAAUUUUUCAGAUUUUCUUCCCAAAAACAAGUUGAAUUUGGGGGUGGGGGACGGGGAGGCUGAAAAAUCAUUUUAAAAUCUCUUUUCAUUCAAGUCUGUAAUAGAUACUGUACACAUCCUCUCCUGUCUCUCAGUGUUGUACAUAUUUUGACUAUUUAUUAGAUUAGGAAGUCGUGUUUUAUUCAUCAACUGAGCCAAAUGUCUGUGUGCAAUUGUGUUUCCUUUACCUUUCUUUGUAAAAUUUUGUACGGCAUAAAUGAGUGUAAAAAAAUCACUGUUUUUCUAAACUUCUCAGAAUUAAGGAUUGUAAAUAUUGCAGGUUCUUUUUCUGUGUAAUGUGCCCUACUGUUUCAUAAUGCUGUAACUUGUAAAAACGUUGUAUAUUUAUUUUCUGCUUAUUUAAUGUCUUAAAUUCUUGAAAGUGUUGACAUCCCUGUCCCCCACACCCCUGCCAUCCCGUCAAUUGCUCAGCUCCUGAGUGGGGGGGACUGGGUCCGCCCUCCCAAGGUGGCCUCCAUUUUGGCUCCUGGCAUUCAGUUCUUGGAUUCUGCCACCUUUUUGAUGAAAUUAGUAUUUUGCUGCCCAUGAGAAUCCCUAAAUGUGGUAGGCUGGAAGAUUGGACUCUUAAAAAAAAAUACCCAUGAAACCCAUCUGUUGUAAAGUAGCUGGCUUUUUGAGAAAAACAGGCUUGCCAGUAAGUUGGCCAUAUCUUCAGAGAAGUAUUAUCAGCAAAUGGGAAAGACUUUUUUUAAUCGAAAGAGUAUCUUCGACAGCUCAGUGUUGAGAGAAAUCCAAUUCUGCCAUCUCUUGAGGUACUGCUGUGUGGCUGUCCUGGACAGGGACCUGUUCUAGAGAAUUUGCCCAGACCACCGGUCUCACCAGGACUCUUGCUGGCUACUGUCCCCACCUGCUGUGUGGUUCCUGUGUUGAGGUGUGUGGACUGAAGUGAGCUAACCCAUUCAGCUCCCUCCUCCUGGUCACUGCAUUAGUCCAGCCAGCUUCUGCAGGUCCAUGCCCUUGCUCCAGCUCUCCGUUUCCCUCAAGAAGAGGUCAGGGUCCCCACUGGCCUGUGUGUCAAGACAGAAGUGCUCACUGAAGCCCGAGGGGCAUGUGACUUCACGUAGAUGGCGGUUCUGUCCUCCCUGCUGAUUUAGCCUGGUGCCUGUGUGUGUCCGUUCAGCACAGCGGUGUGCGGGUUGUGUCCACACGUGUCGCUAAAUCAGGGGGGAGCCCUUCCCAAACAGCCUUGCACAAAGUACCCUCAAGCUCCCAGCCAAGUACUUGACUGCUUUUAUUUUGGAAUUUCAAAAAUGUAAUAUUCAAAUAGGUUCUGAUGUCUAGGUUCUUUGGCCUCUGGUUACUGUAUCCAAAACUGUCAGGUACCCUUUAAUAAAUAGCACUGAUGUCUGUGUAUAGCGCCCCAUCACUGACGCGUCCGAGGACCCAGCGUAUGUAGCAUUUCUUUGUAUUGCAGUUUCCCUGGCUUCCUUUAUGUUUUGCACUGAUGAAUUUUGACAGGGUAAUUGCCACUGUACUUGUGCAAUACUGCUGUAAAUAACUGCAGAUUUUUUUUAAGAAACUCAAUCUUUUAUGUUCCUAAUGAAUUUUAUAUAAAUAAAACUUGCAACUAGC